AUGACCGCUGUGUCAAUCACAGCCGUUCCUGAUGCUGAACCCAACCAAAAGCGUGACCCGGUGUCUUUUUAUAAACAUAAAUAUUACAAGCGUUACCCGGAAGCCAUAGCUGAACCAGAUGCCGAAGCAGAUCCUAAACACAGAAAAUAUGUCAAACCCUAUGCUGAAUCCGAUGCAGAUGCUAAAUACGGUCAUCAAGGUCAUAAAUAUUACAAGCGUGACCCAGAAGCCAUAGCUGAACCAGAUGCCGAAGCAGAUCCUAAACACAGAAAAUAUCUUAAACCCUAUGCUAAAUCCGAUGCCGAAGCAGACCCUAAAAAACACGGUUAUCAUGCCUACUAUGUUGAUAAACAUACUUAUUACAAGCGUAAUCCGGAAGCCAUAGCUGAAUCCGAUGCUGAUGAUGUAUACGCCUAUUAUAAACAUCACAAGCGUGAUCCGGAAGCCGUAUCUUCAAAUUCUUAUUCAUAUGAUGAUAAAAGUUAUAGCAAGAGUUCAGACUAUAGUAAAAGCUCCGACUAUAGUAAAAGUUCCGACUAUAGUAAAAGUUCCGACUAUAGUAAAAGUUCCGACUAUAGUAGUGACUAUGGUAGUACCGACUACGACUAUGGUAGUACCGACUACGACUAUGGUAGUACCGACUACGACUAUGGUAGUACCGACUAUAGUAGUGACUAUGGUAGUACCGACUAUGGUAGUACCGACUACGACUAUGGUAGUACCGACUAUAGUAGCAGCUAUGGUUAUUGA